AUGUCGGCGUCUGCAGUGUCCUCGCUUCUUCUGCCAGCGGCGGCGGCGCCAGCUUCUACCGCUCGCCGCUACGGCGGCGCUGCCGCCGCCGCCGCCUCAGGCUUCCCCCGCUUGCUGGCUGAGCCACUGUGCAGGGCUCGUUGCUUUUCCAAUCCGAGUCCCCCUCCAGUCGCGUUGGACAGGAAGAGUGGCGACGGCGGCGUCCGCUCCCCCCCUCGCUUCUCCGUUCGCUGCUCCGCUGCCCUUUCGGACUUUGCAGAGCUCGCCCCCGCCGCCUCUGUGGCCUACGGUGCCCUCCUCCUCGGCGGUGGUCUCUUUGCUUGUGAGCCGCGUCCUUUCCUAUCCUACCUAUAAUCAAUCGGAAGAUCCUCUGCUUGCUGCUGCCGGAUGCAUCGACUGGAUCUGAAGUUUUCCCUAAUUUUCCUCUACGUGUUCUCUAGAUGCGAGGACCAAGAGCACUGGAUCCAUCUCAGGGGGAGUCUCCGGAGCCGCGCUCAUGGCUGUUGUAAGUAGAUCAAUAGCAGCCUCCUCGUUAUUUUUUUAGAUCGAUCGAGUAGAUCGCUGAAGAAGCCUCAUGAUCCUUCCUGUCAACACUCUUCCUCAUACAUCUACCUAGAUUCCAUUUCAACCUUCUGCAAUUGUUAGCAUCCCGUCGGUUUACAGCUUAAUCUCAUGCUGCGAAAUGGUUUGAAUGUUAUAUCGAGCUCUGAGAUCUUCUGUGAGUUGGAUUAGAAAAUCUCUCUGAUGGUGGUCUUCUGCGAUUUUCUGGGAGUGAUGGUUUUUGCGCUGCUCGCAGGCGUAUUAUCUGAUGCAGAACCCAGAGACGAAGGCUGCAGGCGAAGCUCUGGGAUUUGGAAGCGCCGCUCUCUUCACCGCCAUCUUUGGUUUGCCCUAAUCUUUUCGUCAUCAUCAUCAUCAUCAUCAUCAUCUUCUUCUUCUUCUUCUUCUUCUUCUUCUUCUUCUCCUGAAAAUUGCUGUUGAUGCUCAAUCGGCUUUACACGGAUCUGCAGGGAUCAGACUGGCGUCCACCCGCAAGUUCAUGCCCGCCGGGCUUCUCCUCGGUGUCUCGGGAGGAGCCAUGGCAGUCUUUGUAUCCGCUUAUCUCCAAGAUAAGAUCUAG